GGCCAGAGCGGAAGUGGCCGCGAGGCCUGAGCGGCCGUUGCUUUAAAUCCGGUAAAGUUCGUUAGGCGUCCUACCAUUCCGUUAAGUGACGGACGGCGGACGGUUCUCCUCGUAGGGAGCCGGAGCCCCCUACUCCAUUCCAUUGAUCUUUCUGCUGUCUACACCUCUCCACGAAGGAUGAGUUCCAAGUCCAAGAAGCGCAUGGUGUUGCCUACCCGGCCCGAGCCACCCACUGUGGAAAAAAUCGUGCAGGACGUCAAGGAGGCUAAACCUUCCGACCUGGUGUUUACUUCUGCUGUGGAGCCCCAGGAAGGCCUUGUUUGUAAGCCUGAGCUGGAGCAGCAGUACCUGAGAUCUUCUACCUAUCUGUCUAUGAACAAGCAGCUCGAGCUGACUUGCGAGCUACUGAAGAAGAAGGGGGAAGAACUGAAGGCGGUGGGUGAGAAACUGGAUCAAGAAAUCGCUGAAAUAAGAGAAAAGAUCUUCUGAUUUCCCUCUUCCCCCAAGUAUCCUGUAAUUUAUCUUGGUAUCUGUGAUUCAGGUUCCUGAGCCCACCCCGGUCUUGUAUUUCCUUUCUCUGGAGAGUGUAGUCAGUUGACCAUGACCAUCCCUACUUAGAACCCCACCCCCCACCCCUUCUUUAUCUUUAUAUAAUUUAAUAAAUUAUUUCCCUCCCCCA